UGGAAUACAGCACCAUCGUUUGUUUCCUGUUGCACAAGAGCAUGAAAUUGAUUUCUCAGUCAUAAAUUUUAGACCUUAUUUAAAUAAACCAAAUAUUUAAUUGUCCAUUAUCACGAUUUAACACGGACAUGUCAAAAUGUCAGAGGAGGUUUUUAUACCUAAAGAAGAAGAGAAUGUCUACCAGAAAGGUGAAGACGAAAAUUUUUUGACAAAUAUGAAACUGAAAGUCGCCUCGGACGAUUUCAAGCCUCGUUCCCUCACACGAUCGGAGAUACUUGAUUUUGGAAGCGAAGGAUUCUUGUUGCACGGUAUACUCUCGCAGCAAGAAUGUCAAGAAUAUAUUCAAGAGUUUGAAAAUGAGGGCUUUGGUGCCAUACCUGAACUUGUGAAGAAUAAUUACCGAAGUUGUGAAAGACUAUUGGUACAGUCCUCUGCCCUGGCCUCUCAUCUCUGGGACACCAUCAAGACACACGUGGAGGAGAUCGAGAUUCACGGAGACCCACAUCAGCAGCACAUUCAUGGAAUAAAGCAGGCAUUGCAGGGGCACUGGAAACCUUAUGGUCUUAAUGAGCUCUUCAGAAUCUGCAAGUAUCAGCCAGGGGGUCAUUUUGCUCCUCAUUUUGAUGGUCAUUUUGUGUCCAGUUCUGAGAAGAGGUCAAUGAAGACAUUCAUGAUUUACUUAAAUGAUGACUUUACAGGAGGAACAACUAACUUUGUGGACGAAUCACAACAACUGCACAUGGAUUCCAGCGGCAAAUAUUGCGCCGAGGAGAAAAACGUGAUCCAUCGCGUCCAGCCAGAAACGGGCAUGGCCAUCAUCUUCAACCAUCACCGCUUGCAUGAGGGGGAGAGAAUUAAGUCAGGAGUGAAGUACAUCAUGAGGACAGAUAUCAUGUAUCACAGGGUCGAGAAGAUGGCAGCUAGCAAGCAGGACGAGAUGGCCAUUCAGCUUCUACAGGAAGCAGAAAGAUUGGAGGCUCAAGGAAAAUGCACAGAGGCAGCAGAGCUUUACCGCAAAGCCUUCAAGUUAUCACCCGAUAUAGAAGACUCCUUUAAGCCAUAGUCACUUACAAUGUACUUCAUGACAACUUAAUAGAUGAGAAUUAACUUACUACUUAGCUAGUCAUUACUACUAAGCUAGUCAUUAGGGCCAUCAGGCAGAUAAAAUUUGUAUUUACCAUUUUUACCCUUAAUAAAUAACUCUCGUAUGCCCCCCCCCCCCCACCAGGUGAGAGUCACACCAAAGAGCGUUACAAAGUGGCACCUGAUCUAAGACAGAAAUAUAAGAUAUAUAUAUAUGUAUAUAACUUGUGUAUUACAUAUUGAAGUUUAUCAUUUAUAAUAAAAGUUUUUGCUUAGUUGGCAGAGUAAAGAAAAAUAAUAUACUAGGUAUCUUGAUCCAUGCACAUUGAGUUUCUUUUAUUUUUUUAACCAAGGAUAUCAAUGGGGUCUGGAUGCCCAAAGUGAAUUGUUCUUUUUUAAAAAUUCCUGGUGACAUUGUGCAAAUAUUUUUAUUGAAAAUGUAAUAAUAAAGAUAAAGAAUAAGUGCUUUAUUGGCAGGACUACUACAUUCUGGUGUGAUGAAUAAGAAUUCAUCUGAUGAUACAAGCACAACAUUAUGAAAAAGUUAUACAUGUAGUGAUGAUUUACAGAAAGUAAAUGUAAAAAUUACUUGCAUAAAAUGCUUAAAUUAAAAUAGUUUGGUAAACUUCAUAUAAUUAACAAUACUCAUUCAAGUAACACUGUAUAAUAUUAGAAUUUAAGUUAAAAUUCUUUGUACAAUUAACAAAAAUAAUGGUUUAUGUCAACCAAUAAUUUAGUUUUUACAACAACGUUUAAUCUUGAUAACAAAUAAAUAAAAUGCUGUGUAUUUUCUCAUUUUCUUUAUUAAUGUGGUGAACAAUGUUAAUUCCUAAUUAACAGAUAUAUCAAGAUCAUGCCACUGGUAAUUAACAAACGUGUGCAAUUGUCACCUUCCUCACCAUGUAGUGACAGGGUAAUCAACAGCACAUACAUGUAAAACAGUAAAGCACUCCAAUAGCAUCUGUCCUUUUUAUAAAA